AUGGCUGCCACCAUUGCUUCAGUUGGCUCAAACUAUGAUCGACAAUCGGUGCUCAAAGCUUUCGACCAAACAAAAACCGACGUCAAAGGCCUCGUCGAUGCCGAAAUCCGGAAAAUCCCUCCCAUCUUCUUCCACCCACGGGACACCACUCCCAAAAUAUCCACCACUGUUGUCAAGAUUCCGGUCAUAGACCUUCAAUCGACCCAUAGAGCAUCGAUGGUGGAGAUGAUUCGUGAAGCCUCCGUGAACCUAGGUAUUUUUCAGGUGGUGAAUCAUGGGAUUCCUAUGAGUGUUAUGGAUGAGGCGGUUCAAGGAGUUCGUAGAUUUCAUGAACAAGAUGACGAGGUGAAGAAAGGGUUUUACACGAGGGAUCUUUCGAGUACAUUAGUGUAUAACAACAAUUACGAUAUGUAUAGUUCCCCCGCCUUGAACUAG